CUAGACAGAUAAGAGUACCCGAGGCUGGAAAGGAGGCUGGGAGAAGGGAGUCCGCAGCUCUGUUCCCCUGCAGUCGGGGCGGUUCUUCUAGCUCCCUCCUCGCCACUCUGCGCUCCGCAAACUUUCGGAGUUUUCCUGCACUUGCGUCACGGAAAAGGCAGAUGGAUGACCAAGUCCAGGAGGCGAAGCUCGGCGGCGGCUGGCUAGCUCCCCCGCGCGGCGCUCCAACCCCAGUGAGAAGCUACUCUGGGCGCCGGCAACUCGGCUGCUGAAAGCUCGCAGCUCCCCGACUCCCGGAUCCAUUUCCUGGAUCCCGGCCACCCGGACUGAACCCGAGAGAGAGAGAGAGGGCGCCCGCCAGAAGGAAAGUGAGCGGAAGGCCGGCGGUGGCACCCUGGCCGCGGGAGGGAGGAGCUGCGCGGUCCCAGCCCGGCCAGGACGCACGGAAGUGCGGUAGAGUUUGUUGAAUUCCGUAGCCUGCUUUCCCUCCCUCAUACCUCCCUCCCUCUCUCUCCACCCCUCACCUCCCCUACAGUUUUAACCUCCUUCCUCCGAACGCCACCUCCUGGACUCCCUUUUCCCCCUUUUCUCUCUCUUUUUCUUUUUUCUAUUUCUUUUUCUUUUUGUUGUUGUUUUUUUGUUUUGUUUUGUUUUUUAAAGGAGGUUGUUUGUUUUGGACCUGGCUUCCUGCUGGCAGCGCUGAAGGGCUGAGAGUGAGGGGUAAGGAGGCAAGAGGCUGGGGCUCAGCUACUCAGCUAGUCCCUCUCGGGUCGGAUCCUGAGGGCAUCGCGGAGAACGAACCUACAGACGGUCCGACAAACACCGGGCCAAGCCAUCUAUUCGACAGAGCUCUAUCUACUGACUGCUGUUGAGUGUCUGGGGGCACAUCAGGGGCGGGGAUGGUGAUGGUGGAGGUUUCUACUAGCGUUACUUCUGGACAGGGGUUCUGGGACUCCGAUCCGGGUCAGCUUCGUACUCUGAAACUGCCGAGGAAUUAGGCAAACAAAAGAGGCACUGAGAGAAAGAGGCCAGAAGUCCUCUGCGCCGCUUGUCGCGCCCCCUUGUUAUCUGGGGGUGGGGGCUGGCCAUUUGCAGGGCGGGAAGAGGGCACCAGAGCGGGUGAGACGGGGUCGCACCCCCUAGGUCGAGUAGUUAUCGGCUGGUUGUGCAAGCUUUGGCCCUUGUUUUCCUGGCCUGGCUCGUUUGGAGGCCGGACACAUCCACCCUUGGAAUUGGUUCAGGACUCUGCUGUUAUUCUCCUUGCCCCUCUUGGAUUUUCUGGAUUCUUGAAGACGCGGUGGCCCGGGAGGAGAGAGGAAGGAGGAAGGAGCAGAUCUCCAGAGGAAUGUGAGAGCCUCCCAAAGCCGGAGCAGCCAGUAGGAGCGGAGAGCCAGGAGAAGCAGAACCUUGCCUGCGUUUCUGGGACCGUGGUCUGAGGCAGAUACCCCAAGGCUGUUUCUGGACCAUGGACACUUCUUUGACCAAGAGGCAGUUAGACAGCAUCUGUGCAGCUGAGACCCUGUCCUAGGGGCUCAGUAGGGCGUACUAGACUUUGAGCUGCAAGCACUUUUUUUUGGACACCCUGCUGGACAACCUGGGUCUGGGCAAGGCAUUUUCCUUCCAGUCUUGACCUAACAGAUAACUUAGCCAUGGCACUGAAAGGCCGAGCCCUCUAUGAUUUCCACAGUGAGAACAAGGAGGAAAUCAGUAUCCAGCAGGACGAAGACUUGGUUAUCUUCAGCGAGACCUCACUGGACGGCUGGCUGCAGGGACAGAACAGCCGUGGGGAGACAGGGCUCUUCCCUGCUUCUUACGUUGAGAUUGUCCGUCCUGGCAUCAGCUCCAACCAUGUGGACUAUUCCAACAGCCCUGCAGACUCCCUGGGCACCCAGGUGAGUUUGUAUAGCAGCCCUACUACGGCCAGUCCAGCCAGGAGUAGUGGGGGAAGUGGCUUCCUCUCAAACCAAGGAAGCUUUGAGGAUGAUGAUGACGAUGACUGGGAUGACUGGGAUGAUGGAUGCACAGUGGUAGAAGAGCCACUGGCUGGUGGCCUAGGUACCAAUGGACACCCUCCACUUAACCUCUCCUACCCGGGUGCCUACCCCAACCAGCAUAUGGCUUUCAGACCCAAGGCACCCCUGGAAAGGCAGGACAGUCUAGCAUCUGCCAAGCGGGGCAGUGUGGUAGGACGGAACCUCAAUCGUUUCUCAUGCUUUGUACGCUCUGGAGUAGAGGCCUUCAUCCUUGGUGAUGUGCCCAUGAUGGCCAAGAUUGCUGAGACCUACUCCAUUGAGAUGGGCCCACGUGGGCCUCAGUGGAAGGCCAACCCCCACCCAUUUGCCUGCUCCAUAGAGGACCCCACCAAGCAGACCAAGUUUAAAGGCAUUAAAAGUUACAUCUCCUACAAGCUUACGCCCACCCACGCUGGCUCACCUGUUUACCGGCGUUACAAACACUUUGACUGGCUAUACAACCGCCUUCUGCACAAGUUCACAGUAAUCUCAGUGCCCCACCUGCCUGAGAAGCAGGCCACAGGCCGCUUUGAGGAGGACUUCAUUGAGAAACGCAAGCGAAGGCUCAUCCUCUGGAUGGACCACAUGACUAGCCACCCUGUGCUCUCCCAGUAUGAGGGCUUCCAGCACUUCCUCAGCUGCCUGGAUGACAAACAGUGGAAGAUGGGGAAACGCCGAGCAGAGAAGGAUGAGAUGGUGGGUGCCAGUUUCCUGCUAACCUUCCAGAUCCCCACAGAGCACCAGGAUCUGCAGGAUGUAGAGGAUCGGGUGGAUGCAUUCAAGGCUUUCAGUAAGAAGAUGGAUGACAGCGUCCUACAGCUUAGCACCGUGGCGUCAGAGCUGGUGCGGAAACAUGUAGGAGGCUUCCGCAAGGAAUUCCAGAAGCUCGGAAGUGCCUUCCAGGCCAUUAGCCAUGCCUUCCAGAUGGACCCUCCCUUUAGGUCUGAGGCUCUCAACAAUGCCAUUUCUCACACUGGCCGGACCUAUGAAACCGUUGGCGAAAUGUUUGCUGGACAGCCCAAGCAUGACCUCUUCCAAAUGCUCGACACACUGUCUCUCUACCAGGGCCUACUCUCCAACUUCCCUGACAUUAUCCACCUGCAGAAAGGUGCCUUUGCCAAGGUGAAGGAGAGCCAGCGUAUGAGUGAUGAGGGCCGCAUGGCUCAGGAAGAGGCAGACGGCAUUCGCAGGCGCUGCCGUGUGGUAGGCUUUGCCCUGCAGGCUGAGAUGAACCAUUUCCACCAGCGCCGUGAGCUCGACUUCAAGCAUAUGAUGCAAAGCUACCUGCGCCAGCAGAUCCUUUUCUACCAGCGGGUGGGCCAGCAGCUGGAGAAGACGCUCCGCAUGUAUGAUCAACUCUGACAGACUCCGACCAGCUAUGCAGGGCCUCUUCUCACCGGUCCACCCCACUCCUGUCAUUAGCAGCGGCUCAGGUGCGCAGGGCGGGUGAGGUAGGCAGCCUGUUCUUUCUAGGAGAAGGGACUUUGGAGAAGUCCUGGUAUCCCUGGCGCAAUUUCCCCUGACUUUAGAGAUGGAUGAAUGGCGGUAGCCCUUUGAGCCAAAGCCUGGGCCGCUGGUCAGUCCCUAAAGAGCAAGCUUCUCUGGAGCCUAUAGUGCACUCUCACCCGGCCACCACACUCUGUUCAUUCCCUGGACUCUAUAGACUGCCGUGGCCUUGGCUGAGACAUUGGUGACCAAGGGGCUGGAACUUGCCUGUCCCCGAAGAGCCACUUUUCAAGAUGGUUAUUAGACAAUGCAAAUUGGUAGGUGACACCUGAAGAUUCAUGGGAACUCUCCUCAAAGGACCACAGAACUCUGCUGGUCAGGGGGACACUUCAUGGAGUAGGUGACAUUCCAGCAAUCAUCUUGAAGAAUUCCAAGGACCUACAAAGGACAGUAAAUGGAAAGGAUGACAUUUUGGGCAGAAGAGCGAUGUGGUUCCCUCCCCUUACCUUUCCCAAAGCAAGUUUAGUGUCCUUUCUGUGGGUUGUGAUCUGUGUGACAGAGGGGAGGGAUCAUGCUUGCUCUGUGGUCCCUGGCUUUCCCUGCCCUACCCAUGCCUUUGCAGGAGGGACUGCAGGCCAGCUCCCUCCUAUAGGCCUUGGAUUCCUCAAUGCUCUGUUUGAGGGACCCUGCCCUACUUUUCCUUGAUUAGGGGACCAUGCAACAACUUUCCCUUCUGUAUGUUCAAGGUGCUCAAUCUAGGGAGCACUGGGCCCCCGGUGGUACCUUUCUGGAGGGAACUCUCAAGUUACCAGCAGUGACUCCCCAUUCUCCUAGCAGGUCCAGGUCGAGUUCCCAGGCACCAUUGUUUCUGUGGCUUGGUCUUCUCAAGUUACUCCCAUUGUACAGUGGGAAAUCUGACAGAAAGAAACUGGGAACUCCCGACCCCCAUGUGUGGCCAGAAUCACUGGUCAGUUUGCGCAGUCACCCACCUAUGUUUACAUUCUCCAGAAAUUACUGCUCUGUAACCCUCAGUCCUGGGUGCGGCCCAGCAGCGUGUUGUUGGGAAAUGACCCUGCCCCUGGCCUCCCUGGGAAGCCAUGUUCUGCUCCUAGGUCCUGCUGCUGGAUUCUUUUCUUCAUAAACCUUUUGCAGUUAACUAGUGUAACAGAA